AUGGCCUCUACGUCAGCAGAACCGAAAAGGAAGCCUCGCGUGCUAAGCUUAGGCACAAUAAACCACAUGGAAGACGAUUAUCUCGCAGAGUUUCAAAAGGGGUUUGACUUAUCCGUACUCAAGAGCUGCCCCCGAGGGGAGCUGAAGGGUCGAUUGGAAGAGAACAUCAAGAAACAUGGCCCGGUCGAUGCCUUUAUCAUCGGACCAGAUAGCAUACCAUAUUAUCCGUUCGACGAAGACCUCCUCUCGCCUCUGCUACCAGGUUGCAAAAUAAUUUCUAGCAUUACUUCUGGCUAUAACAUGUUCUCUGUAGAUUGGAUUACGAAGCAGGGAAUCUGGCUUACAAGCACGCUGGAUGCCGUUGCAGAACCUACCGCUGAUAUGGCCCUGUUUCUACUUCUGGCCGUGUUUCGAAACACAACAAAUGCGGAAAAGAGUGCAAGGGCGGGAACCUGGAGAAAUAAUCUGAAUCCAACCCACGACCCUUCAGGAUGCACACUGGGCAUCGUUGGGCUAGGCGCAAUUGGAAAGUAUCUGGCUAAAAAGGCUGCAGCAUUUAAUAUGAAAGUCAUAUACCAUAACCGAACUCAGCUGCCGAGGGAUGUUGAGUCCAAAUAUGGGGUAACAUAUUAUGCCUCGUUACACAACAUGCUUGCGGUAUCUGAUGCAGUUUCUAUCUGCUGCCCUUUGACCGAGAAUACCAGAGGAUUAAUUGGACCAAAGGAGUUUGCAGCAAUGAAGGAUGGCGCCUAUCUAGUCAACACAGCCCGUGGGCCAAUUGUGGAUGAAAAGAGCUUGAUUGAAGCCCUUGAAAGCGGGAAGAUAACUCGAGCAGGCCUCGACGUCUUUAACGAGGAGCCGGACUUUAAUCCGUACUUUAGAACCAGUGACAAGGUCAUAAUUCAGCCUCAUCUAGCAGGUUUAACAGACAUGGCAGUUCGAAGGGCAGGGAGGGAAUGCUUUGAGAAUGUCUAUGCUCUGUUUCGAACGGCAGAUAAGAUGUGA